AGCUAUUUUCUAUUUGAUAUAGAGUCUCAUUUACUACUCUCAUAUUCUACUCUCAUAUUCUACUAUGUCUUUUAGCAAGAGGAGAUGUCAUCAAGAGUGGUAUAGGUGUUACCAUGUGAGGUAUCAUUGAUGGACCCAUACUAUACAAAUCUGGUCAGAGCAUUGCCAUGUGUGUGGUAGAACUUCCUGUGUUUACAGCCUGUGUAUAGACUUCACUUUCGGAAUUUACUAAUGUCUACCUUUUCUGGAAUUCUUCUUGAUGUAUCGGGUUCUAUGGAAUGCAGUAUUGGUGAUGGCGUAAAUGAGGAAGGGGGAACAUGGGCAAAGUCGAUAUUUACCGUGACUGAUGAUGUGGUAAAACAUGAUGUUUCAAGAAAUAAUAAAGUUUUUGCAAUUGGUGUCGGGGCUAGUGUAGGCGAAGACAUAUUUGAUGUUAUCGGAACAAUUCAACAAAUUCAGAACAAAGUGAGCCCUGGCCAAACCGCUGAUAGGAGUCCAGCGUCAUUCAAUACCAUUGAAUGUCUUUUUUUGGUGUUAGAAAACAGUGGUGCCAGAACGAUAAGAAAAUGGGCGGAUAAGUAUGUUGUAAGUCGGGCAGUUUCUGAGUAUGAGGCGCGUUUAAUUCUCGAUAAACUUGAAUCAGACAGAGCUUUUACGAAUCGAUUUGUUUAUGAUUACUUACCGGAAGCGUGUCGUGACUGGGAUGGAAUAGCAGGUGCAUUUCAAGGCCUGUGGUCUUCCGUUGCAAGUUCGUUUCGCCAGGCAACUAUUGACGACAUCGAAAUCGUUGCAAACAAGGCAGUACGUGACAUCGAAAGUCUGGUAACGAAGUCGAUGGAGACAUAUGAACCAAUCGGCGUCAGUAAUCGAUCUGUAUACAAUGUGCACGACGCAGCUGAUGUUAUUCGCGGAUGUAUCGACGAAAGAGAUCUUACUUCUGAGAGAGCGCAGGAGUUACUGAAGAUCGUUGAGCCGUAUAUUUAUGGAGGCACACCUUUAUAUUCUGCGCUAAAUAUGGCAUCUCAUUUGCUUUCACGGCGAAUGUACCCAAAUCCAAGUAAAUUGCUGUUUGUAAUGUCUGAUGGUGAGCCAGGAGACACAGGAGAUUUGGAUAGCAUCAAGUCGAUGUUAAAAAGAGACAAUGUUACAGUUGUAAGCUGCUACAUUGCCAGAUGUUCUGAAGUUGAGCCUAAAAGAUUGUAUAGCGUUGCACGGGAAAACUGGGAAGAUGGUGCGAAGUUUUUGUUUGAUUUAAGCUCAACAAUCCAGUCCACAGAGAUGAUAACCAGGGCAAUUUUCAUCAAACAAGGUUGGCAGAUUGAUAUAACGAACAACGAGAUCAGAUUGUUUAUGCAUGUUAAUCAUCCAGACAACUUGAAGAAUGUGUGCAGUCUGGCACGGAAUGUCGUCAAUAGCCAAGACGCAUUGUCAGAUUUGCUUGUAUCAGUCUCCCUUGAUGUGUACAUCAACCAAAAGAAUGACAGCAUCACAGCACCUAUGCAAGUAGGGGGUACCUGUUAUGCAAACGCCUCUGCAACCGUUCUCCAUUUGGCCAUGUAUAGAAUUUUUGGUAGAGACGACGGUGUUCCAUGCUUUGAAGAGCUUCGAGCGGAUAUGAUAAACAAGCAUGGAAUUGAGGGUGCAAACACCUUUGCUGUACUUAAUGAAGUAUGUCCGCUAUAUCGCUUGAAUUGUAGGAUGGUUGACAUAAACGAAGCAAUGGGGGCUAUUGCAGCAAAACGUCCAGUUGUAGCCAAGUACCGACUAACCAACGAGGAGUGGAAAACGUUUCGGAAGUUUUACGAUGAUAAUCCUACAGGUAUUUUGAAAAAGCGUGAUCUGGAUAUCAGUAGGCGGACACAUGACCCUACUAUUGGACAUGCUGUUGUGUUAACAAGUUACAACAGCGAAUGUCUUUAUUUGAUGAACUCGUGGGGAGAAGAUUUUGCUGAUAUUGGCUUCUUCAGAGUUGCGAAUGCAGAGGUUCUUAAUCUAGAAUUUAUUGACGUUUACUGGAGAGAGGAUGAUUUGUCUGAUAGAGAAAAGGAACGUUACCGUAAACAUGGAUCUGAAGUUGCUGACAAACUGAUGAAAUCACUUAAAGGACUCCAAGAAGCAUGCUUCACAUGUCCAAAGUGCACACGGACAUCAAAGGUUACAGAAUUCAGAGGAACCAUUUCGAACGCACAGUGUCCACUGUGCAACGAAGAGUUCUCGAGUACAAAAGCAGAUGGAAAUAUUCUGGCUUUGAAUAUGUACCUGACAUCCUUAAGCAGGUAAAGAAUUUGGAGUGCGUAUCACAUUCAAGAGAACUGAAGUUUUGUACAGGUUCUCACAUGAACUUGAAACUCGAUUGGUUGCAUUCAAUAUAUAAACCGAAAAGGAAUAACAUUCUCCAACUAACAUUACAUUUACAAGCGUUGUCCUGAAAACACUACUGUCGAAAUUCGUGUCAUCAAACUUAGCAUUCAGUAAUACUUAUACACGAAUCAUUGAGUGGAUCAGACCUGUUGGUCUGCGCUAUAACUGGUCGGAUAAUUGACAGUUACUUUGCAAAAUAUAACGUCAACUGAAAUUUCCUGUAUCCAGAUAUCUUACCGAGCAGUAACAAUCUUGAGAAAAAAAACUAUUUGCAAAUUUUAGCUGGGUUCACCGCAGUUAACUUGUCACACCAUAAUGGAGACCACAGAUUAACAGUAUAUUUGGUUAAUAGGGACUGCAUACUAAAACCACAUUUAUCCUAACACUAAAGUCACAUUUAGGUUUAAACACAAAGAUCACAUACUAUUUAAGGGAAAGGCAACGUCUCUGUCUAAAUCGAUUACAGAGACAAUAAUAGAACAAUCGGUUUAAAAUGAAAGCGGUAUGAAUUUUUUGAUACAUUUUCAGAAUAGAAGCCAGUUUGUUUACAUAGCAACAAACAAAAUAGUUGGUUAAAUUUAUUUUUAGAUUUGUUUGAACUGAAAAGAUAGUAUCUCUACUUACUUUUGCUAACUAGAAUUGAAAAAAGUAUGAUACUGUAUAUAUUGAACUCAAGUGUCAUUCAAAGAAUUUUAUCUAAAUGGGUAUAAUUGUGUUUGUGUUAAAGUAAUGGUUCGCAGUAUGUUAAAGAAGUAUGCUUUCCACGUGGUCAUCAAUUUUCUUAAAUUUCAACCUGCAAUAUCUUUGUAAAUAGUCGCACGAUUCUAAAACUUCCCUCAGUGUGUUAUGGAUGGCUUUUAUAUUAAAUUUACCUUGCACUACCUUUUUUAUAAGGAACACUUACACUUUAAAUAGUUUUAGCCUAGCUUGAACAUUCUGAUUAGACCUCAUUUAUUUCAAUACAAACGCAACGGAUAGUGCAUACUCAAACCAUGAAAAUAUUUCCAAAUGACACAAUUUUGAGUUCAUUGCGCAUUUUUAUGAUUUUCUUGUAUUAAUGUGCUUGUACGUCUUCUCCGUUUAUUUAUGUUAUGGUUUCAUAAUCCUUGUAAAUGUGUCAUUUAAAAUUGUACUGCUGUUUUAUAAGAGUACCGUUAGUUGCUCACCAGAAAAUUGGUGUAACACAAGUAGUUUAGUAUUGGUUUUAAUCAAAUUAAGUGUAUAAUAUCACAUCUGUUUUAUUGAGUCAUAUCUUUAAUUUCGACCCGUCUCGACGUAUUGGUAUCACGCUAGUACUUUUUUGCAUUUCCUUGCUUUUUAGCAAUAUCACAGGCAAGCUGCAAACCAGCUGACCUAUUGUUCUUUCUACAUGACAGUUAUUUGCUAUCAUAGUGUGCCUCGAUAUGUGUGCAUUACUAACCAUGUUUUACAUACUAUGCGAACGAAGUAAAAGAAACUGAAAGAAAACAAAAUAACUUAGUGUCGGUCUGUCUACUUCUUUAGGAUGGAGAAAAAAUGUUUCAUAGCACUGUCUAGCCGGAGGUUGCCUAGAUGUCAAUAAAAACGUGUAUGGAAAUUUUUAUAACGUAUUCCUGUCAUAUUAAUUUUGAACAAAACCGGAAUGAGACGUUUUUGUUGAACCACAUCUUAGAUUUUGUAGUAUGUACAUGAAAAUGGUAUGCGAGAAUAAUACGUGGGACACAAUUUUCUUUAGUUAUUUUGUGUUAUGUUUUUUUAAGUAUUUUGUGUAAAACGUAUUUCAUAUUGCACAUUCAACGUCUACUAAUAUAAUACAGCACCGAUCUGCCAGCCUGCUAAAUUCAAAGUUGUAAAGGCUUGUAGAUUUACGUAGUAAUUUUCCAUUUUAACGUCAAAACGGUAUAUAAAUAAAUAUCCUUAUAGCUUACAGUAUAUUUCUCGAUACAAAUAUACACUUCAUGGUAUUCUUGCCUGUUUGAUUAACUUCGACUGACUUUACAAGACAGCAGCUUGAUAGUCUCUAUUUAUUCGUUUCUUGGACACGGUAUACGAAAAUACGGAAAUGAAGAUAGUUUUAUGAGUUAUUGCCAAUUGUUUGUAAAUUAAUGAAAACGUUAACGUAAAGAUAUGAAAACAUUCGCGUUCGACACGUUAAAUAAUUGCGAUAAAUAAAUGUCUUGAAAUCAGCUUGCAAUGUGCGGUUCUAUUUAAUCAUGGGCACACAUCUAAAAAAAAAGCAGGAAUCUAAAUCAGGUUAUAAACACAUUCUAUUUGUACAAAAAAACCCAACUUGAUUUGAAUGUACAGAAUUCCAUUAAGAAAAUAGCAUAACGUUACGUUAAAACGUAACACUAUACUAUUAUCCGCGUCAACAGCGUCAUGACGUCAUUACAGUGUACCGAUGUAAAUUCCCCGCGCCCUGUCUAAAUGAGAUAUGUAUGCAGUAACGUAGUUUAACAUCUGAAAUGUAGAAUUAAGCCAGCUCGGGACAAAUAUUGUAAGAAUAUCGCUAACGCUCGAUUUUCUUAAACUCUCCUUUUAACUUACUAUAGCCAGCUACUGCACAUGAAAUACUUAAUUAUUAUUGUAAUCUCAUAUAUUAUGUGUUAUGUAAACCAAACAUAGACAAUUUUGAAGCUGAUGUGGCUGAUAUUUUAUCAGCUUCUUGCCUUAAUAGUUGUAAUUUUAGGUUUGGCACAGUACAUGUAGUGAUGUAAACACUUAUUUUGUUUCAAAUUAUCAAGAAAUGAAAAUAGAUUAAAUGAUGAAUUUAGAGCGGAUUACCCAGAUAAAACAGUGAUCUUCCUAUUCCAAUGUAACUGUAUGUAUACAAAACCUUGAAAAUAAUAUCGAUAUCGCCUCUUUUUAAGAAAAAUAUUAUACAAAUGUCAGUAUUAGCCUAUGAAAGAACGAUGGAGGCGAUCCAUUAUAAAAUAUGAUAGCUUUGUGAGGAAAGUGGAAUUACUUUGUGUUUUUUUCUUCUUUUUUUCUUUGUAUAGGUACACUUUUUACACAUAUAAUAAUUAAUUGACGUAAUUGUUGGGCCAAAAACUAUCAUGUUUAUGUUUAAUUAAUAAUAAGUUUCCAAACGUGGUUUGUCGUAGAAUAACCCGAGUUUUGCGUUUUUAUGCGUAAGAAUAUAUCACGAAGGCCGUAGGCCUGAGUGAAAUAUUAUUUCGCAUAAGAACGAAAAACUCGGUUUAUUCUACGACAAAUCACACUUGGGAACUUAUUAUUUCGAUUUUAACACGACAUACUAGUAUCAGCAGUGUAAGAAAAAAAAGUAGCUACUUUUUACGACCGUGCUACGCACCUGGAUCGGAUGACGUCAUUGCACGCGAGUGGUUUAUUGCAUAAUAAUCCGAGAUAUAUUUUGCUCUACAUGUAUGUAGGUUAUUUGCUGGUCGUGUUAGAAUAAAGCAUAUCCUUUCCGCACCUGUAACGUGAUAAAACGUAUAGCGUCUGAUGGCCCUUUUACGCUUCCGUAGAAUCAACAUUUAUUACACGAAAUUCAUUUUGAAAAUAUUUCUGAAAUGUCUAGGUCUGCUGCUCUCAACGCUUUCAGACAACAUCAAAAAGGACCUUUUUAGCGAUUUGACAAAGUUCCAAAAAUCUCUAUGUACCCUUGCUCCGUGACGGAGCCCUGUGGGAUUUGUGUUUAUUUCGAGUUCAAAUAUUUUUUCGUAGAUGAAAAGCUGACAUGUCAUGCUAAAGCCCAGGUAUUUUCAAAUCAUUAGAGAAUGCUGAAAAUUGAUUCCCCGUUAGCAAAAAAAAACAAAACAAAAAAACAGUCCACGCGCAUACAUUUUGACGGGGUGACCCCUGCGCGUGACCCCUGACUAUCGACCAAUUUAAAGGCGACUUUCGUUUUCAAGUUUUGCAUGUCUACUUUCAUUUUCUUUACUUCCGGAAAUAGCCGAAGGUCACGUGACGUGAUUUUCUGUGUUGUCAAAAACAUACAUGUGCCUGGCGAGAUUGCAUAAAAUGUAUCCGGUGUCCUAAGGAUAUAUAUCCCACUUUUUAGACCAAAUAUAAGUACAACAAAUAACGUUUUUUUUUUUGUAUUGAAUGAACUAAUAAGCCAUAUGUUAAAUCAAGAGAAGCAACUGUUAAUUGUUUCAAGCGCUUUUGACUAGGUAUGUAGGAAAAAUCAAAGGUACAAGUCUACGUUUGAAUUUGUUUAAAUAUUAUCCAGUCUAAGCCAGUAAAGUCUAGACUAAAAUGUUAUAGCGUUGUGGAGUGUGUUUCAGUUCUUAUUUUGGUAAUUAGUCAAUAAACAACACGUUUAUUUUCAGUUAAAAGAAAACAGACAAAGUGUAUCUUAACGAUGUUUCUUUCGCAGAGCAUAAGAUCAAAGUGCUUGUCAAAAUAUGUUUUGGGUGUAAAAAAGUUGUAUGUCCAGCCUAAAUUUUUUACAUUUGUUAUUCUUGCAAUUUGUAACAAAUAAAACAUUGGUGAGGAGUUUUCUAGUAUGCUCGGAGUCCUUGUCUCCGAUGUUAUUCUCAAUGAAUGUGUAUUAACGAUCUUGAAAGUGUAUUUAUUCAUAGUGGUACUCAAGGUAUAGAAGUUCAUAUGAUUAAGGUGUUUUUGUUGCUAUAUGCUGAUGGUAUAGACAACUUUGAAGAUGAAAAUCAAUACGUCACUAGAGUAAUGAUUUUUAAGAGAAGUGUUAUAACUAGAAAUUUUGCUUUUUUAUUAUAAUUGAUAGAUAACAGAUAUUGUUAAUACAUUUACAGACUAGACAUCGUUUUUACGUGUGGUAGUUCAUUGAGCACUCCUCAAAGCACUUUGGCUGAGCAAGCACAGAAAGCAGUUUUUAAGAUAAACAAAAACCUCUACAAUUUUACUUAUAUGUUUAUAUAUAGAGAGAGUUAUUUGACAAAUUAUUUGAACCUAUUUGAAUUAUAGCAGUAAAAAGUAUAUGGAUUUUAAAAAGAUUUAUCUAUUGAAAGAGGACAUUUUCAAUUUUGCAAGACAUUACGAGUCAGGAAAACUACAUAGAGUGAUUUCAUUUAUGGUCAUAAGGGAAUUUGGAAAGAUUACUUUAAAUGUAUACAUUUUUAUAACAUUAUUAAAUACUGGACAUAAAAUUUGUUUCCAAGUGAAAAUAGAUAUGUAGCUCUUGUGUAGAAAAUGUUAAAUGGUGACAUAGAAAAUGCACCAAAUAUGGUAAACUGGUGUUCACUGCUUAAAUAUUUGUUUGAGUUCCUUAGAUUUAUUUAUGCCUGGUUACAACAAAGUGUUGGUAAUACUAACCUAUCAGCAUGGUUAAGCAAAAAAUACAAAUAAUAUAAACUUGCACAAAAUUGGCACGAUAGAUUAGAAAUUCCUACACAAGAACUUUUUAAUAUCGAAUUUUGCCUCGUUUUGAUUUCAACCAGAUAUAAAAUACCUCUUAGGUUAAACGACGGUGAAGGUUGGCUUCAGCUCGCCUUUCAAAUGACCUUACACUCGCUUACUGACAUAAUAUAGCCUGCUAUGUAUAUGUAGUUCCUACGUAUUGUUAAUAUAAAGCAGUUAAAUAUAUCCUCAUUUAGUGCCUUUUCAUGUAAUAUACAGGAAGUAAUAAAGUUGAUCCCAGAAACAUUUACUUAUGAGACAAUAAAACUCCUUAAUAUAUGACUUGGUUGGCAUUAGUGUCACGUGUACCGAGCGUUACUUCGUCAACUGAAUAUAUGUAUAAUUUUUUUUCGUAAGCUAUCUGCUUCUGAUUAUAUAAAACUGGUAUAAUAAAUUUUUCUCAAGCUG